AUGUCCCGUUUAUUCAGUGAACAGUUUAAAUGUAAAGGGAAAUGGAGGUCUUGUCUGCCGCCGGAUUCUUAUGACCGUAGCGAGACCGUUAUUGGCAACGCUAGCGGGUUUUGGAGGGGAGAAAUUCCGUCCAUACCUCUUGUGCUCUUCGGUGCGGUCGUCUCACCAAGGGAGAAUCUUAAGUAUAGUAGAAGAUAA